AUGUUUGUCAGUUAUCUUGACGAUUCUUCAUACUGCAAAAAUUUCACUACGAAUGAUGACAGUAAAAGUUAUACAAGUGGUGAAGCCAAAGAAUUAUUUCGUUAUCUAAACAAAAUCACUUCUUAUAUUAAAACAAAACAUAACAUUGAACAACUGAAUAACACUUUCUUAGGUCUUUCAUGGACUAAAUCAAAUUCAUUAUAUGACAGGCUGAGGAAAUCACUGAAUAGCAGUAUGAUCAUUAUGAAUACUUUUCUGGUGUCAAUGAUACUGAGUAAAAUUAACCAUAAUUCACUAACUGAAACGGAUUGUCAUAACAAAGAUGAGAAUAUCGAAAACUUAAAAUCUUUAAAAUAUCCCACAAUUGUUGCUGACAACAAGCGUUAUACAGCAGUGAACAUGAAAAAAAACUCCAUACUACUUAAAUUGAUUCAUAUUGUACUAAUAAGCAUGCUGUUAAACGAAUCUCUAAUAAGCGUCAGUAAAAAUCUUUGCAUAGAUGCUAUGCGUCUACCCGAACCAGAAUUCGAUUUAUCGCCUACAUCAUCUUCAUUUGAGUCAGAUUCUCAUAGAGUACCUCCAUUGUGGAUUGAUCCACCAGUAGUGAAAUUUAUUAAAACUCAUAAGGACGAUUUAGGCGAAACACUUCAAUCAGAAAAAAAGAUCAGACAGAGAGUAUCAUCAAUAUUUCAAGAUAAACAGGCUAUACAGAAUUUGUUGAGAGAAAUGAAUGCGUAUUACUUAACUUAUGGGAGACCAAGGUAUGGAUAG